AAAAAUAAAUUUGACAAAUAUAAAAAGUUCAGCCCGGCCGAACUUAGCUUGUUUUGAAGAAUAUUGUUUACGCUUAAUAAAAGAUUAUUAUAUAUUUGUUUGAAGAAUGCCUUGCACCACACAAAGCUCAAUGCCUUCCAAAGAAAUGUUUUUGGAAUAUAUAAAGUUGCAAAAGUUUGUUUUAAAGGCAAUCAAUACAUUAAAAAUGCACCUACAAAUCGUUUUAAUAUUUGGAAUAAUUUUAUUAAAAAGUUUCAUAAAUGCCGAUCUAGUUGAAGAUACGCGUAAACUUAUUGAUUUGGUGAUUGACGAUGAGGCAGAAGCCUUAGAUGCGGAAUGUUUCAAUCAAAUUAAGGAUGUGUUAAUAAAUAAACUCGAAAUUGCUGGUGCAACAAACGUCGAGAGAGUUGAAAGUGAUAAUCCUGUGUUUAAAAAAGGGCUUCGUUUAAAUAUGGGAAAUUUCAUUAAUGAACUAUUGCCCAGAAACGUGGUUGAUUCCAGUGAUGGCUGUCUGCACCAAGCCAAACAUGUACUGCGAAAUAGUGUUAAAAAUAGAUUUUAUGAAGCCUUUAAAAUAAUUGAUCCUGAUUUCUAACAGAUAAAGCAAAUCCAAAUACAUAUAAAUUAUAAUAAUUUCACUUAGAAAUGUAUUUACGUUUUAAAAUAAAAAUAUUAAUUGUUCCAUUCCACAUUAAAAA